GGUGACAACUUCUUUCAAUACCUUAAAAUCAAUCUCCUUUAGGCGUCGAACCAAAAAGCAGUUGGGGAAAAAAAGUCCCAUAAUGCCUUCGAAGAAUCUUCUAGAAGUCCAAGGCAUUUUCUGACAAUUCUUACUAUACAGAUCGAGUAGAGACCGUUGAGAUGCAUAACCAGUUUCAGCAACAGAAAUAUCCGGGGGAUUCUCAUCAGCUGGAUUUGGAGUUUCGGCAAAUUCUGUCGGUUAUCAAACAGUUCAUACCGUACGUGGAUUCGAAUUCGCAUCUGUCGCUGUACCGCUCCUGGCUGGAGAAAUUGAGCUCCACCAACUCGGAUAAGACUGAGAGAAACAGGUAUUUGUUGGAGCUGGCAAGGCAGAUAAAGGAGAACAGCGUUUUCCCGCCCUUCGACCAAAGGCCGCCCAUCGGCCACUUGAAAACAUUUCCAGAAGUCGACAGUUACGUCAUCGAUGACUCUAAGGUAAAGGCAAACAACGUUCACUUGCGAUACCCAAACUUCAGUUUACAAAUGACAGGAGAAUUCAAUAACAUACCGCAACCGAUGCUUUCCAGCCCAUUGAAAAAACCAAACAAUUUCCCACGCCCGUACAAAACCAACAAUGACAUGUCAGAGCCACCUACAACCUAUCCAUUCGAAACUAAUAAAUUCUACGUUCCUCAAUUACACGAAAUGAAACAAGCUUAUAACGACAACAAUUUCAACUCGAGAGAACCAAAGUUUUAUUUGCACAACGAACGGAAAGCCAUUAUUAACGCUCCCCAAGACAUUAGUGGCAGUUGUGACGUCACGGCAGUGGAAAGAGACGAUAACCAUGCCGUACCGACGAAAGGCAACGCUGCAUCGAAAAAUGGCGUCCACGAAGACAGCUCGUGGUGCGAUUUAACAGAUACCAGUACUACUUCCAUUGUUGCCGAAUGUUUAGGUCGUGGGGAUGCUAUGGAGAGGGUUGCGGCUGCUGGAAACGAGCCGCAUGAAGUUGUACAGGAUGAUACAAUUGAUAUCACUUCGAAAUCACCGGAUGAAGUGGACACCAAGUUUCCAUUGAAAGACACCCAUUUCAUAUCAGCCGACUGGAAGAAAACGAUCGAGUCUCUUCAAAUGAGACUGACCGAAACGUUGAAUGAAAAUAACGAACUGAAAUCGGUGAUCCAGGCUUUGAAAGCGAAAUCGAAUUACGAGAGCUCCAACAAGGAGCAAACCGAGAUGAAGCAAAAAAUGACGGCCGAAGUUCAUGCAAAAGAAAUGGAAAUGUUGCGGAAAACCAAAAGCGAGCAAUUGAGGAAACUGGAAAGAUCUUACGAAUUCCAAAUCGAACAAAUCGAAGACAAUUAUAAACUGAAAAUGGAAGAGAUAAAAGCAGAUUCUGAGAUGAGGCUGAGGGAAUUGAAGCUAGAGUAUGAGGACGACAAAAAAGAGAAGGACAAGGAAAUUUAUCGCCUUUCUGACAUUAUUCAGCAACAGUGUAUAAGGAUGUCAAACGAAAUAGCCGCUUUGAGGAAACAAAUAGAGAAUUCCAUGCCAUGCAACAACAACCACAACCACAACCAUAAUAAUGUACCCGAAGAGAAAGUAUUUGUAUUGAAGAAAUGUGUUUCGAAAAUGGACAAACUGUUUCACAAGUCCGAGAAAGACUAUAUGAAACAAAUUGAAAAAUUGAAGCAAGAGUUGGAAUUGAAAGAUAAGGUGGCACAAAUUCAGUUGAGAACUCAGCGAGCCGAAUUAAUAUCGAGAACGAAUGCCGAUAGACAAAAUCAAAUCGAGGAGAUCGUCAACAAUUUGGAGGUGAAAUACAUCAAAAUGUUGGAAUUCCACGAAAAUCAAGUUUCGGAAAGUAAAAGGCAAGACGAAGAAAAAAUUGAGCACCUCAAAGAAUUACUGGAGAAAAAUAAUAUUCCGUCUAUGGUUUAGUGAUCGUUAUAAAUAAUAAUUGAAGUGUGUCAGUCAACUAGGUACCUAUGUGAAAAUAAAAAUUGUCUAAUCAA